UUAGAAUUUGGCGCGAGGUACGUCCUGAAGAGUUUAACGCGCAGUUUGUUUUCGCACCACAGCGACUAUAGGAGCACCACUGUUUAGAAGACUGCCCGUCGUUAAAACUGGAUUAUGGUCUGUGUGAUAACGUUACUUAAUUCUACUUUAUAUAUCGAUGAACUGUCAGUUACAGCACGUCAUAUGACUGUAACCUCACUAACUGAAAAAGGCCUACCACAAUGUCAGUGGCUGUGGAAACCACAGUGUCCAGGAUGCCUCUCCCUCUUCCCACCCACUUCUCCAAUGCAGAGCAGUCCUUUUCCCUCAAAAAGCGCCGUCUCCCUUUUUCUUCAUUGUGUACAUCCAACUCAUCCUACUGUUCGCCUACCCAGCUCUCACAUUCUCUGCCCCCGCUGCCACCGUCCAAGGGAUGUCCCCCUCUGAGCAGGAUGUUCCCUCAGCAUCCAUCCCCCUGGACACCCCUGUCGUGUUCCCUUAGUAAGUCUCCUGCCCCGAAAUCUGUAUAUGAUCCCAGCAAACAGCAGUCCUAUUUCAGUCAGUGCUACACUAAUUUGGGCCUGCUGGGAAGAGGGUCGUUUGGAGAGGUCUACAAGGUGCAAAGCAAUGUGGACGGCCGGCAGUAUGCAGUCAAGCGCUCUGCUCAUCGCUUUAGGGGCAACAGUGAGAGGAACCGUAGCGUGAGGGAAGCCAGGAACCAUGAGCGCCUCUGUCCUCACCCUCAUAUCCUGAAUUUUGUGGCAGCCUGGGAGGAGUGUGGCCGACUUUACAUUCAGACAGAGCUGUGCAGCACCAGCUUGCUGCUCCAUGCUGAGAACCAAUCUCCUGGCCCAGAUGAGCCUGCAGCAUGGGCCUACCUGUGCGACCUCCUUUCAGCAUUACAACACUUGCACUCUCAUGGUUUUGUGCAUCUUGACCUGAAGCCUGCCAAUGUCCUUAUUACUGACUCUGGCCGCCUCAAGCUGGGGGACUUUGGGCUGCUUUUUGAGCUCGAACAGAAGAGUACAGAGUCUGUAGAGGGGAAAGUGAAAGACGACAUCCAGGAAGGAGAUCCAAGAUACAUGGCCCCUGAGCUGCUCCGUGGGGAGUACGGUCCUGCUGCAGAUGUUUUCAGUUUGGGUGUGUCUAUUCUGGAGCUUGCUUGUAAUAUGGAAGUACCAAAUGGUGGAGAGGGCUGGCAACAACUCAGACAAGGCUGCCUCCCCUCAGAGUUCACCAGUGGCCUGUCAACUGAGCUACAGACAGUACUGCGGGUGAUGCUGGCCCCAGAACCAUCUGAGAGGCCAACAGUCUCUGAGCUUCUUGCUCUCCCCUCUGUUAGGAAACACAGGUGGAAGAGGCGCAUCCAUCUUGUGGUCGUCGAGACUCUGCUGACACUGGUCUCUUUCUGUCACUUGGUGUUGUGCUUUGGGUUUAGGCUCCUCUCCUCCCUUCACAUGUCCUUUCUUCCUCACUGGACAAAGCCAGUGCCCUGUACUCCUCCAAAGGGUAGCUGGGACAAGGAUUUAACCCUGCCUCUUAGUGCCAUGCAUGCUGAAUCUGGGAGCCCAGAGGAUGAUACGGUGUUUCUGUUGGAUCCUACAGACCCAGAGCUUUCCCCCACCUUCUUACACAGGAUCAAAUCCAGAUUGUCUGUGGAAAGCACAUCUACUCCCCUCCCUGGUUCACCAACCCACAAUCAACGAAGUCCUGCCCGCACUCCCACUCACUCAAAUCUGGGGGAUUGGUCCUCCUGUAACUCAGGGCAGACCCCUUCCAGCAUCCACUCAAAUGGUUUCUGCCACUCACUGACACCCAGUGUGAGUCCCAUACAUGCAGAGCUUUGUGCAGACAGCACGAAUGAAAACUCCACACAGAGCCGACACUCUUCAUCCACCAAGUCCUCGCAGCAACGCAAUCGCAACAGUCUCCAUACAGUGGGGGCUGUGCCCCAACCCAACUUUGAACCAAAGAACCUGCUCAGUCUGUUUGAGGAUACGACUCUGGAGGGACUGCCAUGAGUACAAGACAUUUUACAUACAGGGGAAAGAUGUUUUCACAUAAAAAUAAUGGGUGAAGAGGAGCUCAUGUGUAUUAAUGUAUGUAGUUUAUAUGAACUGUUUUUGCCAUUUGUGUCUUACUACAGCUUAUUUUAAUGUGUACCUAUGGAAAAAGAAAUUAUUACUAUUAUUAAGGGUAAAAGGGUUGAAUAUGAAACCAGACUUCAAAGCACUUUUUAUGUUUGUGUAAAUGCCAUCUGUUGCUGAAAUGCCAAGUCAUGAUGUAAUGUUAAAUAAGUUAUCAUUAGCUUGGUGUACUCAAUUUACCUCUUGAGUUACAGAAGAAAAUAAAAUCUAAAUC